AUGGACACCUCCCCGGUCAGCGUGCUCCUGUCCUUGCCGGUCCUGUUGCAGCUGGCGGCCGUGGGCGGUUCGCCCAGGCCCCGCGCGCUGCUGCGGGGGUGCCCCGCGCACUGUCAGUGCGAGCCCGACGGCAGGAUGCUGCUCAGGGUGGACUGCUCAGAUCUGGGGCUCUCGGAGCUGCCUUCCAACCUCAGCGUCUUCACCUCCUACCUAGACCUCAGUAUGAACAACAUCAGUCAGCUGCCCCCGAAUCCCCUGUACAGCCUCCGCUUCCUAGAGGAGUUACGUCUUGCCGGAAACGCUUUGACAUACAUUCCCAAUGGAGCAUUCGCUGGCCUUUACAGUCUUAAAGUUCUUAUGCUGCAGAAUAAUCACCUGAGACAGGUACCGACGGAAGCUCUGCAGAAUUUGCGAAGCCUUCAGUCCCUGCGUCUGGAUGCCAACCACAUCAGCUACGUUCCCCCCAGCUGUUUCAGCGGCCUGCACUCCCUGAGGCACUUGUGGCUGGACGACAAUGCCUUGACAGAAAUCCCUGUCCAGGCCUUCAGAAGUUUAUCAGCGCUGCAGGCCAUGACCUUGGCCCUGAACAAAAUACACCACAUACCAGACUAUGCCUUUGGAAACCUCUCCAGCUUGGUAGUUCUGCAUCUCCAUAACAAUAGAAUUCACUCCCUGGGAAAGAAAUGCUUUGAUGGGCUCCACAGCCUAGAGACUUUAGAUUUAAAUUAUAAUAAUCUUGAUGAAUUCCCCACUGCCAUCAGGACCCUCUCCAACCUUAAAGAACUAGGAUUUCACAGCAACAAUAUCAAGUCAAUACCUGAGAAAGCAUUUGUAGGCAAUCCUUCCCUUAUUACAAUACAUUUCUAUGACAACCCCAUCCAGCUUGUUGGAAGAUCUGCUUUUCAACAUUUACCUGAACUAAGGACGCUGACUCUGAAUGGUGCCUCACAAAUAACUGUAUUUCCUGAUUUAACUGGAACUGCGAGCCUGGAGAGUCUGACUUUAACUGGAGCCCAGAUCUCAUCUCUUCCUCAAACCGCCUGUGAUCAGUUACCUAAUCUGCAAGUGCUAGAUCUAUCUUACAACCUGCUAGAAGAUUUACCCAGUUUUUCAGUCUGCCAAAAGCUUCAGAAAAUAGACCUGCGACAUAAUGAAAUCUAUGAAAUUAAAGUUGACACUUUCCAGCAGUUGCUUAGCCUCCGAACUCUGAAUUUAGCCUGGAACAAAAUCGCCAUCAUUCAUCCCAAUGCGUUUUCCACUUUGCCAUCUCUAAGAAAGCUGGACCUAUCCUCCAACCGCCUGUCGUCUUUUCCUGUAACGGGGUUACAUGGUUUAACUCACUUAAAAUUAACAGGAAAUCGUGCCUUACAGAGCUUGAUAUCAUCUGAAAACUUUCCAGAACUCAAGGUUAUAGAAAUGCCUUAUGCUUACCAGUGCUGUGCAUUUGGAGUGUGUGAGAAUGUCUAUAAAAUAUCUAAUCAAUGGAAUAAAGAGGACAACAGCAGUACAGAUGACCUUCAUAAGAAAGAUGCUGGAAUGUUUCAAGUUCAAGAUGAGCGGGAUCUUGAAGAUUUCCUGCUGGACUUUGAGGAAGACCUGAAAGUCCUUCAUUCGGCGCAGUGCUCACCUUCCCCAGGCCCCUUCAAACUCUGCGAGUACCUGUUUGGUAGUUGGCUGAUCAGAAUUGGAGUGUGGACCAUUGCCAUUUUGGCGCUUACUUGCAAUGCCUUGGUGACCUCGACCGUGUUCAGAGCCCCUCUGUACAUUUCCUCCAUAAAACUGUUAAUUGGGUUAAUAGCAGCUGUGAACAUGCUCAUGGGGGUCUCCAGCGCUGUGCUGGCGGGUGUGGAUGCGUUCACUUUUGGCAGCUUUGCCCAGCAUGGGGCGUGGUGGGAACAAGGGGUAGGUUGUCAAGUCGUCGGCUUUUUGUCCAUUUUUGCUUCGGAAUCAUCUGUUUUCUUGCUCACUCUGGCGGCCCUGGAGCGUGGCUUCUCUGUUAGGUGCUCUGCAAAAUUUGAAAGGAAAACUCCUUUUUCCUGUCUGAAAGCAGUCAUUCUGCUCUGCGCGGUGCUGGCCUUGACCAUCGCCACAGUUCCGUUGCUAGGGGGCAGUGAGUUCAGCGCCUCCCCACUCUGCCUCCCCCUGCCCUUUGGCGAUCCCAGCACCACAGGCUACAUGGUUGCGCUUGUCUUGCUCAACUCUCUUUGCUUCCUGGUGAUGACCAUUGCCUACACCAAGCUCUACUGCAAUUUGGAAAAGGGAGACCUAGAGAACAUGUGGGACUGUUCUAUGGUGAAGCACAUUGCUCUCUUGCUCUUCACCAACUGUAUCCUUUACUGUCCCGUGGCCUUCCUGUCCUUCUCCUCAUUACUAAACCUCACCUUUAUCAGUCCUGAAGUAAUUAAGUUUAUCCUCCUGGUGAUUGUCCCGCUUCCUGCCUGCCUCAAUCCCCUUCUCUACAUCCUCUUCAAUCCCCAUUUUAAGGAGGAUCUGGGGAGCCUGGGAAAACAACCCCACUUCUGGACCAGAUCGAGAAACCCAAGCCUGAUAUCUAUUAACUCUGAUGAUGUCGAGAAGCAGUCCUGUGACUCAACCCAAGCCUUGGUAACCUUCACCAGCUCCAGCAUUGCCUACGACCUGCCUUCCAAUUCCGUGUCACCACCAGCUUACCCAGUGACCGAAAGCUGUCACCUUUCAUCUGUGGCAUUUGUCCCAUGUCUUUAA